AUGGAGUCCAAGAUGCAUGCGCGAGAAGUGUUAAAGGUAAACACAACUGUGUCCUUCGGCAAUCUUCUGGCUCUGUCGUCCAUUUGUGCACGCGAAGCCUUGCACAUGCUCACAGGCUGUGAAGACCACAGCUUGGACCAGGCGCUGGCUUCCAGCGUGGACAGCCUUGCAGAGGUGGAAGCCUGGGAGGAGGUGAUGAAAGGAAUGGUUGCGACUAUGAAGACGAGAUGCCUGAAGCUCCUCGUGCGCCUCUGGCUCUGCACCUUCCUGGGCAUACGGAAGAUAGAGAGCUACUUCCACAAGCACACUCCCCAGCGCUUCGAAGUUGCCGUGAUCGGUUGCCCGGAGCCCGCAAGUGAGCUCAGAAAGACAGGACUUGUUGAAUACCCUCAAUGGCUUUGGUCUUGGUGCCAGCGACGUCUUCGUGAAGUUGGUGAGUCCCUAGGCCUGAAGAUGACAGAAGGUCGAAAGAUAGACUCAUGA